AUGGCCCACGACCACCAAUACCAUGCCAAGGACACGAUCGGCCGGACCAUCAAGACCACGAUGGUCACGGCCGGCGCCGGCACCUUCGUGUCCGCCAUCCAGAACACCCUGCAGAAGCAGAACUACGGCCCCAUGGGCAUCUUCACCCGCUCCGGCACCACCAUUGCUAUCUUCACGGCCAUGGGCGGCAGCUACGAGUUCGCUCGCACCGCGUCGGCGAACCUGCGCCAGAAGGACGACAGCUGGAACGAGGCCGUUGGCGGCUUCUUCGGUGGUGCUAUGGUCGGCUUGAGGUUCCGAUCCAUGCCCGCCGUCCUCGGUUACGGCGUCGGCCUUGCUACGAUUCUCAGCACCUUUGACUUCUGCGGCCAUGCUUUGACCGGAUACAGCCGGGAUCCCGAUACGGAUGAGUUUGAGAGGAAGCGUUUUCUCAGGACGAACUACAGGACACCGUCAGAGCAGACGGUUGCUGAGAUUGGCGAGGGCCGCGGCAUCUACCCUCCUGGUUACGAAGACAGGAGACGGCAGAGGCUCAAGGAAAAGUACGGCUAUGAGAUCGAGGCGCCGUCUUCCCACUGA